CUGUGAUCAUAUGUAGCGGACUAUACAUUUACACUUAUUAUAAUGUUUUGAUUUUUUUAAAUAAUUCAUAUAUAUAUAUAUAUAUAUAUUAUAUACACAUAUUUGAGUAUUUUCAUUUUAUAAAUUGUAUUCUUGUUUAAUAUCGAAUUAAAAAUAAAUUAACCAUUAACCAUCGCUCAUCAAUCAUAUACGAGGUACAAAUUUGCAGCAGUUAAAUUAGACGCGCAGCUAUAAGACUCGAGGAGUUCCGAGACGAUUUUAAGUACCUAUACUACCUAUUUAUUUUCAUCGGCGAGCGCGAUGGAGGACGACCGGCGUUGGCCAAAGGACGUCGGGAUACGCGCCAUGCACGUCGUCAUACCGUCGCUGUACGUGGACCAAGCCGACCUGGAACGGUACGACCGGGUGUCCGAGGGCAAGUACACGGUCGGUCUGGGCCAAAAGCAAAUGGGAUUCUGCACGGACCUGGAGGACGUGAACUCGCUGUGCCUGACGGCCGUCAGUCAGCUGGUCGAGAACAACGGCCUCAGCUACUCGGACAUCGGCCGCCUGGAGGUGGGCACCGAGACGCUGGUGGACAAGUCGAAGAGCGCGAAAACGGUGGUGAUGCAGCUGUUCGCGGCCGCCGGCAACCACCGGGUGGAGGGCGUGGACACGACGAACGCGUGUUACGGCGGCACGGCGGCCCUGUUCAACGCCCUGGCCUGGGCCGAGUCGAGCGCGUGGGACGGCCGGCUGGCCGUGGUGGUGGCCGCCGACAUAGCCGUGUACGCGGCCGGCAGCAGCGCCCGCGCGACGGGCGGCGCCGGCGCCGUGGCCAUGCUCGUCGGGCCGGGCGCCUCGCUGGUGGUCGACCGGGGCCUGCGGGGCACGUACAUGGACCACGCGUACGACUUCUACAAGCCCGACCUGGGCUCCGAGUACCCGGUGGUGGACGGCCAACUGUCCGUCCGGUGCUAUCUGAACGCCCUGGACCGGUGCUACGAGUCGUACCGGGGCGAGUGCGGCGCCCGGGGCCACGCGGUCCGCGGCCUCGACGCGUUCGAUUCGUUCGUGUUUCACGCGCCGUACUGCAAACUGGUGCGCAAAGCUCUGGCCCGGUUGUACGCCAAAGAUUCGGUCCGGGAGAAGACUUCCGCGGACGAGAAGGCCGCCGCCGUCGAUAAGACUUCCGCCGCCGAUAAGACUUCCGCGGACGACAAGGCUGCUGAGGCGGCAGCGAUGGACCGCAGCCGGCCCGUUUUCGAGGCCAAGACCGAACCGUCGCUGAUGUUGGCGUCGCGCGUCGGCAACACGUACACGGCGUCCGUGUACAGCGGACUGGCGUCGUAUCUGCUGUCGGUGCCGCCCGAACGGUUGGCCGGCAAGCGGAUCGGCGUGUUCUCGUACGGGUCCGGUCUGGCGUCGUCCAUGUACUCGAUCACGGUGGUGGACAACGGUCUGGCCGCCAUGGUGGGCCGCCUCCGGGAGUCCGUCUCGGCCGGUCUGCGGCGGCGGACGCGGUUCACGGCCGAACAGUUCGCGGACGCGCUGGACGUCCGGCGCGAGUCGCUGCACCGCGCGCCCUACGCGCCGGCCGGCGACCGGGCCCUGCUGUUCCCGGGCACGUGGUACUUGUCCGGUAUCGACGAGAUGCGCAGGCGGCAUUACGAGAGAAAAGAAUAGUGUGCCAAUAAUAAUAUUAUGUUGUAUAGGUACGCGUUCAGAUCUGCGCUGCAGCUGCAAUAGUGUCGUCGAAUUAAAUAAUCACCGCCCUUUCUUUCGUGAGUAAAUUAAUUGUGUGUUUUCAGUAAUCAAAACGUUUAUGCCUUAAUAAGAAUGCCUACGCGAUAUUUAUAAAGGCCUUACAUUGUAGGCGCGGAUCCGGGGGUUUGGGGGGGGGGCAUGCAAAAUUUGUUCUGGAUCCGCGCCUGCCUUUCAAACGGUUAGAAUUUGAAAUAUUUUCGACCAAAAAAAAUCUCAAUAAUCUUCAAGUAACUUUAUAUAUUUAUAAUAAUUCCAAAAAAUCCGAUUUUAAAUAUCUGAAUUCGAUGAAUCUCUCUGCAAAAUAAUAAUGUAAUGUAUCUACUUAUAAUUCGUAUUUAUAUAUUUCUGUAGUAUUAUAACUAAAUAAUUGACAAUGAUUGUCAGUAUAAAUAUACUAUGUAAAUCGAGUAAUAUCUAACAGUAAAUUAAGUACCUAAAUAAUUAUUGGUGUUGGUAGUUUUUAAAAUACAUAUGGACGUAAAAUUAAUUUUAAAUAAAAAUCUUUGUACACGUAUCGAUAUUAUACUGGUUUUAUAUAAUUAUUUUAUUUUUAUGCAAUUAGUUCGUAUAUAUUCAUAGUUAUUUACUUUUUUUUUUAUAUACAUUUUUUUAACCUUUGGUAUUUUCUAAUUUUAUUAUUAUAUUAUAUUUUUGGUAUGAAGUUUAUGUUUACAAUUAUUAUUUUAGUACAUAACAUUUAAUUUUUGUUAAUGUAGAGCUGCGGAUUAUUCAAUUUUUUUUUUUUUAAUAUUGAGACAAGCGACAAAUUUAAUAUUGUUAAUCAUGUUUUAUUUAAAAGAUUAUUCGCAGGUUUUAAAAAUAAAAU